AUGGCGGCGUUGGCUGCUAGGGCGAGGGCGAGGGCCAGGCAGGGCUGCGGCGGCGCCGGGUACCAGGGCGAGGGCAAGGGCGGCCAGAGCAUGCGAAGCUUCUCACCAGUCCCCGGCGAACGGCGGCACCGCGUAGAUCCGGGAAAGACGGUGGAGGAGGCGAGAUUCGGGCCCGGCGGCGUACGCGCUCCUGUUCGCGGCGGCGGCGGCUGUCCCAGCUGCCGGGAGGGUGCGGGCGGCGUGGUGCGCGCGUCCGCGGACGUGGCAGUCCGAGGUCGCUCAAAUCGGCCGCCACGAAGACGGUGGAGGAGGGGAGAUCCGGGCCCGGCGGCGUCCGCGCUCCCGUUCGCCGAGGCGGCGGUCGUCCCCGCUGCCGGGAGGGUGCGAGCUGUCCAUGGUGCACUACGAGGGCCGGUCGUCCAGAUGACCCCCGCCGUGUUCGACGGCAACAAGCUGGGGAUCGAGCCGUACGCCGUCGAGAUCACCCCCACCGGCGACCUCCUCGUGCUCGAAUCCAUCAACAGCAACAUCUACAGGGUCCAGCUAGCUGCCGCUGUCACCAUGUACCAGUUAACACAAAUUAGGUUAUCAGUAACUUUCCAAUUUCCAAAGGUAGAGUUACAGGUGUUUCGUAAGGAAUUGGAUAGAUCUGAAAGUUUUACUGUGUCAAUACCUGCACACACUGGUGGUGCAAUGCCUGCAUCUAGCUAUUCAGAUCAAAGCUUGACAGAAGAUGAUGCACUUCUGUGCAUGAACACUGAAAAAACCAGGCUAUCUCCACAGUGCACUACUAGUAGCAAGACAGCUAGCAUAGAGCAAAGUGAAGAAGAAACGGAAGAGUUGAGCAAGGAUAAGGAUAUUCAACAUAUUAAUAUAAGAGAAGAGAAGCAUCCUGAAUCUCGGAGCUCUUCACAGCAAGUGAUCUUUGACACAGAAGGUACCAGCUCCAGUGAGUCAUCCUUGCUUGGAAUGGUUGCUUCUGAAAUGAAGCUUGAGGAACUGAACCAGAAAUCUGAAAGAUGUGAGCCCGCUAUAGAAAAGGCUACCGUGGAACUGGAGCAUGGUAUAGACUGUGGUCAAGCUCCAGACCAAAAGUGUGAUCAUGCCCCAGCGAAAGCUGCAAAGGCUCCAAGCAAGUGCACGGAGGCAGAUGAAACUGCAGAUACAAAUAAGGAAGCUUUUGGGUCUAGGCCUGGCAGUAUGAAGAAAACCAGGAGGAGGUUACAGCCAGCUGCCACUAUGUUGCUCAGGGAAUUCACUGGCGCUGACAUUGAUGCAGAUAACGAAAUGGAAGAAAGAAUGCAGGUCAUCAUCCAGAUCCAGGGUGCCAACUGGGAGAUCAGAUGCACUUGUGCAACUUCUGAUGAAAGGCCGUCCAGGCGGUCCAGUCCGUAG